ACAAAUGACCAAACAGCCCUUGUUAGUAAGCCCAGGAAUAAAGGAGGAAACAGUGAUCUCGCAUCAGCUGGAUUUAACAUUAUCAACUCUAUCAUAGGAUCAGGCAUUAUAGGAUUGCCAUAUUCAAUGAAGGAAGCUGGUUUUCCACUAGGAGUACUGCUUUUAUUUGGGGUUGCCUAUAUCACAGAUUAUUCCAUUAUAUUACUGAUCAAAGGAGGAAACCUCUGCAGUACCAACACCUAUCAAGAGCUGGUCAGAAAAACAUAUGGUCUUGUAGGUUAUCUAGUUCUUUCAACUCUUCAAUUUUUAUAUCCAUUUAUUGCUAUGAUCAGUUACAACAUAAUAACAGGAGACACUUUAACUAAAGUUUUUCAGAGAAUUCCUGGAGUUGGACCAGAUAACGUGCUUACUGACCGUCACUUCAUAAUUCUUAUUACCACCAUCAUCUUUACCUUGCCUAUAUCUUUAUAUCGAGACAUAGCAAAACUGGGAAAGGUAUCUCUUGUUUCUCUGAUUUUAACCAUUGUCAUCCUGAUUAUUGUGAUGGUGAGAACAGUAACAUUCAGUCCACAAGUACCUAAAUCAGAAAAUGCAUGGAUAUUUGCAAAAUCAAAUGCAGUACAAGCCGUUGGGGUGAUGUCAUUUGCAUUCAUCUGCAACCAUAACAGCUUUUUAAUAUAUGGGUCUCUGGAAGAACCCACAUUAAAGAAGUGGUCUCGAGUCACACAUGUUUCUGUCUCACUCGCUGUUGUUAUCAGUGUAGUGUUUGCUGCAUGUGGAUAUAUGACUUUUACAGGAUACACAGAAGGAGAUAUAUUUGAAAACUACUGUAGAGAUGACAACCUUGCUACAUUUGGAAGGUUUUGUUAUGGAGUUACUGUAAUUCUGACCUUCCCCCUUGAAUGUUUUGUGACCAGAGAGGUGAUUGCCAAUGUGUUUUUCCAUGGGAACCUCUCAACAGUUUUCCAUAUUAUUGUGACAGUAGCUAUCAUUGCUGUGGCGACUGGUGUAUCAUUAGUGUAUGAUUGCCUUGGAAUAGUUUUAGAGCUAAAUGGAGUUCUGAGUGCUACCCCACUUGUUUUUAUCAUCCCAACAGCGUGUUAUCUAAGGCUGUCCAAAGAGCGAUGGAACCAUUCAGAUAACCUCAUAUCCUGCCUGAUUCUUGCUGUCGGUGUGCUAGUGAUGACAGUUGGGUUUGUUUUGACUAUCUUGCAUCCCCAGGAAUGCAGCCAUGGAAAAGAAAUGUUCUACUGCUUCCCUAGUAAUGUUUCUUUUCACAACAGUACACUUCCACCAUAG